AUCUUUUACAUAGUCUAUUUAUUUAAUUAUAUAUUACUCCAUUUUUAAAAUUAACAUAUGCUUUAUCUUCUCCAAUAAUAGUAUUUCACCAAAAUAAAAAUAAAAAUGGGUGCUCAAAUAUUCUCCUUAGUAGCAGCCUUGAUCCUCUGCUUCGCAGUGGUAUCCUUAUCAUCCACCUUCACUGAAAACAAUCCUUUAAGAAUUGUAUCGGACGGUCCACCAGAGUUUCAAUCCACUGAUGCUUUCUCCAUCGUUGACGAUAUCCAUGAUCAUGAAGAUGCUUCCAUUUUCCCCAGAACAUCUAUCAAAGCCAUAUAUCAGUUUGGAAAUUCGGUUUCUGAUACGGGAAAUUUGAUACAUGAAAAUCCUCUUUUCAAGUAUGCAAAGCUACCAUAUGGGCUAACUUUCUUCCAUACACCAACGGGUCGUCCUUCUGAUGGACUUCUUAUGAUUGACUAUUUCACCAAGUUCUUCAACAUGCCAUUCCUCGAUCCAUACCUUAACAAAGACGGUAAUUUUAGUCAUGGGGUAAACUUUGCUGUUGCUGGAGCUCCUGCACUCAAUGUUUCAACUUUCGCAAUGAAAAAUAUUGUUACAUCAAAUGUCACCAACAGUUCUUUACUUGUGCAACUCGAUUGGUUUAAGUCUCAUCUUAAAUCUGUUUGCUCUACUGAAUCAGAGUGCAAAGAAAAACUUGCAGAUUCACUUAUUGUGAUGGGCGAAAUUGGAGGAAAUGACUAUAAUUGGGAAUUCUUUCAAAGAAAAGAUAUUUCAAAAGUGUAUAAAAUGGUGCCCGAAGUUGUUCAAAUUAUAAAAUAUAGUGUCAAGGAAGUUAUUAAUCUUGGUGUCAUUCAAAUAAUUGUUCCAGGAAAUUUUCCUAUGGGUUGCUUGGCUGUUUAUCGUGCAUUGUAUAAAACAAAUGACUCAAGAAUGUAUGAUGAACUCCAAUGUCUAAAAAACUUUAAUCAGUUUGCAAAAUUUCAUAACAAAAAACUGAAACAAGCUAUUCGAGAACUUCAAAAAGAUCACCCACAUGUCACAAUUGUGUACGCAGACUAUUUCUCAGCUUUCAAAGAAAUUCUCAAGCAUGCAAUUUCUCUAGGUUUUGAUAAAGAUGCAACUCAAAAGGUAUGUUGUGGUAUUGGCAACAACGAAUUCAAUUUUGAUAUGAAGAGAAUGUGUGGAAGUGAUGGGGUUGUUGUAUGUGAACAUCCUAACGAAAGCAUCUUUUGGGAUGGAAUACAUUUGACUCAACAUACUUAUCAACUUAUGGCAAAAUGGUUGAUAAAACAUAAUCUAUAUGCCAUCAUCUCUUCUACAACUUGAAUUACUAUUAUAGUUCAAAUCUAGUAAGUUAUGCUUUUAAAAGAGAGGAUCAUCCUUGAAUAGAAGGUUUUCUACAAAGCGAUUACACUUGUACAAAAAACCCUUUCAAAAUUGUUAAAAAGAAAAUGGGGUUUUGGAAUUGAAUUAUAUGAAUAUAUAUUGUACUUGAGUUGAUCGAUUGUAACAAUUACUUAAUGAUAAUAGACAGAUUUCUAUA